AGAUAUUUAUGAAAGACCUAAUGACACCACUCAUCUGAUAUAUUUGGGGGCAGAUGAGAUGAUUUUCAGUAAUGGGUCUGUGAUCGCCUCUUCUCGUCUGCUGUUUGGGCCGACUCAAGUCAAUCCAGAGCUUUUGAGAGGAAUCUUUUUGCCUGCAUACAAACGAAUUCCUUCGCCGAUACUAGAGAUUGACAUCAGCUACAUUGAAAAUGAACUACCAGGUGAAGAACCUCUUGAGGAAGAGAAGAACUUUAGCAGAACACCAAUGACAACACACAAAGAAACACCUUUUACGACCAUGUCCUCAAUGACCACGCCCCUCACUUCCACUCCUGACAUCAUAACGGAUGCUGAAUCCUUCACCAGUCACCUUCCAUCCACCCACUCACCCAACAUGUCCACCUCUCUCCCAUUGGGCUCCAGUGCUGUUGUAGGAAACAUCACAAACCCAAUCCACUCCACCACCUCCAUACCCUUUAACACCACCACAAUGCCCCUAAACACCACAACCAACUCACUGAUGGAUAUUUCAAGUAUUUCUACCAGACCCACCAAUUCAGUAACCAAUGGGACAACCCCAGAAGUCCCCAACAGGAUCUCCACAGCAGCACCCAUUGGUACCAACACUACAGCUUCCAAUGGCACCACCACCAUUGACACCAUCACUACAUUCCCAAAUGCCACCAUCACUGCAACCCCAAAUGCCUCCACGACUACAGCCCCCAAUAACACCACCACUGCAGCCCCCCAAAGCACAUUUACCUCCAUUCACAGCACUGUUGGAAAAACGACAAUCAGCUCUACCAUGUUUCAACAACUCAGGCCUCGAAGACCACAGCCAUGAACCAUUCACCUACUACGGCCAAUACUUUGGUGCCUGGAUGGGCGGUUGCUCUGUUAGCGCUGACGGCUGUCAGCCUCUUCCUCCUCCUCAUCCUCAUCAUUCUGGUGGUGCUAUGGUGCUGUUGUCCAAAACGAAGAGUUUUCGUGAAUGAAGUUGAAGAGAUGAAUCCUCCCAUGUACUUCAGUCCUGACAUCCCUAUGUAUUCAACGGAAAGCACAUUUGAUACAUCCAACGGCAAACAAGCGGAUGUCAGAGAAAAACCUCCGAUAAACCGCACAGGAAUGUACGUGGUGAACAAAUGAAGGACACAGGUUUUCUGACCCCCAGCAAUGUCCUUAAGAAGAACGAGGCCUGCAGAAACCCUUAUGUUGGAUGAAUAACUGUCAUACAUCUGGCACUGCACAGCAGGAUGCUAAACCGACAGGGAAAUGAUUUUACAUGCCUUUAUGAUUUAGAAUUUAUUUUCCUACCAUAUACCUUUGCACAAAGUAAUUUGUAACUUGUAAAAAUGGAUUGAAUGAUGACAGUCAUGUGCUGUAUUAACAGAGAUUUAGUGUAAUUAAAAAGAGCUUUUUAAAAUGGUUGUGUGGCGGCUUUAAUAUUUUUGAAUAUUAAUGGAAAAUACUGUUUCAUUGGGAAAAAAUCCUUUUUUUUUUUUUGUCACACUGCCUGGUUGUACCACAGAUCAAAUGUAGGAGUUUUAACAAAUUUGUGCAAUGGGUAUCAGAUUCAAUAUGAAAUAAACCAAACAGAAGUAGACGGCUCUGUGCCACUUCAGCUCAAAUUCUUUCUAAUAGCAAAGAGGGUAAAACUGUGCCAGGCAUUAACUUGAUUGAUUGCGAGUAUUUCAACAACAAGAACAUAAAUGUGUCAGAGGAAAUGUGAAGCAAGUGAAAUUCUGCAGAUUAUCUCAGCGGUCAAAUGUAAUCUGUGAUGAAAUUUCAUUUUUCCCGUAUUUUUGUCUAUGCUGUUGUCUAUCCAAUAAAUAGUUGUAUUUGACAUGAUCAGUU